AUGCAUCCACUAAAGAACUUAGACACUCAGAUUCUUGCUGGGGACUUCAACCCUGUAGACUCAUGUCGCAUAGACAAGACAACCUUCGCCAGUGCCGCAGAAACCCGGCUGUAUCGGAGCGUGGAGAAUCUACACUGGGCGACAGUUGCAGACUCCAGUCUGUAUUCUCACUGCCGGAGCAUGGACAAUGAGCUCCUUUUCCACUAUAAAGGUGCCAGUUACUGGUCCAAAGGCUCUGCAGAGAGAGCCCCAGCACAGAGCACUGCAGACGCUUGUGGGCACCUGGCCCUCCACCCCAAGCAAACGUCACCAUCUGCGCGAAACGUUCCCCUUCCUCCUUUUGCCAAAGUGCCUCAGUGGCUUUUCCCUUCCACGGAGGAGAGAGCCCUACACGGGGAUGCCAAAAAAGAACUGAAGGAGAAGCUGAGGAUUCACAGCGCCAAGGCGGUGGCGGAACCCUGCAAGCCCGUGCGUCCCCAAGCGCCUUUGACUGACCGGGUGGCGAGGGAGUUCUCAGAAUGCCGGACGUGCCAGCAGUACAAAAACGGACAGAGGCCAUGUUUUGCGUGCAGGAUAACCAGUCCGGAAGACAUCAAGCAGGAAGCUCGGAGGAGGUUGCAGCUGAGAAGACAGAACAGCUCUCCCAGCCUGACUCUCCAUCAUGCCAGGGAAAGCCAAGAGAUCGUCAAAUCCAGAACCACUGGAUCCCUGAAAGGUUGUGAUGGGGAGACUGAUGCCAAAGGGCCGGCAGAGCUGAGCAGAAAAGGAUGCUGUAAAGGGAGGCUCUACAUCCCUACCUUUGAGGAGUUCAAGAGAAUGAGAAGCAAGGAGAUACGUUUAUCUGCGGGUACCAAUGGGCCAACAAAGUGCCUGAGUGAGGGGUCUCUGGCAAGCCAGACUCUGGAAAGGGAAAGCAAUAAGAACAUCUGCUCAGCUGUGCCACGAGAAGCCCUGGAGGCGAAACUCCCCAGCAAUUCCACAGCAACAGCGGACGACUACGAUGAUGUGUUUCAUGAAAGCCAUAUCGCUGCUGGCUCUGGCCAUUAUCGAGAUAUUCCAGCUGCGUGGGGCAGCUUCAGUUUGGUCAGCACAGCUGGGGCUAACCAGUGCCUGCUGAAAGACAGUACCUACCAGCUGUCAAGUCCAGAUAGGUCCCCGGUCCCAAUUUGCUCUAGCCCGAUUCCAAGAUCGCCUUUGCAGGCAAUAGCAAUCCACAGGGAGCGGGAGGAGGUCUGCAGUGAUGAGCAGCAGGGAUUAGACUCAAGACAACUGAGUGGAGUCCUUCACUUUGCUGGGCAGGCACUGGCUUCUGAAGCCCAUUCUUCUUGCUGUCCAUCGCUGCUGUUAGAAGCCACAGACCUAUCCAGCUAUGGAGCUAAGCUACAAAAAAUGAAGGAUGAAUUCAUAGGCUCAGCACUGGAUCUUAUUAAGAAAAGCUGCAGUACUGAGACUGCCGCGGAGUCCCCAUCCAUGGGAUCAUGUGACCCUAGGAAAGCUGAUCUCUCUUCUCCAGAGGAGGACAGUGAUCAAUGUACAGUCAUUCCCAUGGCAACACGGACCUGGAAGAACAAGACAAAUAAUGAGACACCUAGUGACACUCAACCUGCAGGAAACAAUUCCAGCCCGAGCUGUCGCAGAUCCAGCUCUGACAUCGCCCAGGAGACUGCGGACUGUGUCAAGGCCCAGCGGGAGUGCCGUCUGCGGCCUCAUUUCAGUGACCCGAUGCCAACAGACGCUGUGAAGAGAAAACAGCUGGAGCUGAAGAUUGCGGCAGCAGCCCGGCAACACGCGCAGAAGCGACGGCAGGAGAGAGACCCUGGUACCUGCACCGAUUCCUCCAACAUCCCCCACGGCUGCAGCUUUGAUGAGAACACGCGUUCCCUGCGCAGCUCCCUGCAAUCCAGGCACCGCUGGAGCAACGUCAGCAGCCUGAGCGCGGACAGCGGCAUUGUCGGCGUAACCGACGAGAGGGACGAUGCCGAGGCCGGUGGCGCGACCAGAACCAGAUCGGCGGAGGUGGAGAGGGCGGACAGCGGCAUCGGCCAAGCAUUGGCCAGGAAGUGGAAAAACAGGGCCUCUGAAACGCUGACUUCCCUGCAGGCCUGGGAGGCGCACCGGCCCUGCACGGACUGCGGUGAGAGAGAUUUCCCAAGAAGAGCCAACCUGUGCGCGAAGUGCCAGAAGCGCAGGACGGAGCGAAAGGAGUCGAUCCUGGAGUUCGUCAACACGGAAGCCAGCUACGGCGAGGACCUGCGGAUCAUCAAGGAGGAGUUCUACCUCCCGAUGCAGGCGGCUGGGCUGCUGGCGCAGGAACAGCUGGUGGUGGUGUUCAGCAAUAUCCAGGAGCUGAUUGACCUCAAUGAAAAUUUUCUGGAGUAUCUCCAAGAAGAAAUUGACCAGGCCUUUGAUCAGGACGACGAGGACCUGAUGACUGUGUGCAUUGGCGAGAUCUUUUUGGAGUUUGUCAAUAUGCUGCCGGCCUUUCAGACCUACUGUCUUCAGCAGUCCUCUUCAGUGAACAUGCUCAAUGCCCUGGAGAAGGAGAAAGAGCUACUCAGAAUAUUCCUCAACGUUUCCCAGAACGACAACACGGUGCUUCGGCGCAUGAAUCUAAGAUCCUUCCUGAUGGCCCCCUUGCAGAGAGUCACCAAGUACCCACUUCUACUCAGCAGGAUCAUCAAAGCCACCAUUGAGUACCACCCAGAUCAUGGCAGCCUGCGGGAAGCCAAGAGCCGCAUCGAGUCCCACCUGGAGCACAUCAACAUGAAAACCAAGCAGGAGGGGAAUUCGUGGACGCUGCGCUCCUUCCGCCAAGACAGCAAGAAGAACAGGGAAGUCAUCAACAUUGAAAUGAGGGAAACCGCCAUCAAAACCAUGGGCUGGCUGCGGGAGGAGACACGCUUUGUGAUGGAAGGGCUCCUGCAGCUCGCCCAGCCGCCCGAUGGCCAGUGGGUGAAGAAGGGCAGCAAGACCUUGAAAUUUCAGAACAUGCAGGUGCUGCUCAUGGUCAACAUAAAGCGAGUGUCUGAGUCUAGCCUCGAGGCUGCUGAGCCAGGACCCGUGAAAGAUGCAGUCCUGGUGUUGAUCAGGGACAAAAACAAUGGGAAGUUCAGUUUGCUCAGGGAGCCCCUGAGGCUUAGUAACUGCGUCGUCUCCGCAGACCCCGACUGCAGUGAUACUUUUGAACUCAUGGAGAUCAGGCGGGAGGCGUUCGUGUUCCGGGAUGGCGACAGGGCACGGACUCACCACUGGUUCCGGCAGAUCAGGAGGUACUCGAGGGAGCUGGGCUCUUGGAAGAAGCGGCGGAACGCUCUGCCCAACAUCAUGAUAAGCACAUCCCAUAACAGGUCUUGA